AUGUCUUCCAUACGCAGCCUGUGCCUCGUGCUGGUUGGAGUAGCUACACAUCUAUGCUGCUUCCAUCGAUUCGAGCAUCACAUGUUUGGCGGAAGGUACUUUCAGCUAAUAUUCCUCUUUGUGACUGCACAUGUCACGAACAGUACCUUGAACUACUCGAAAUCGCUACAGACCGCUCUCGGCAAUGUUCUCGUACUCAUUGCCCUCUUUCUCAAUGGUCUUUAUCUCAGCCUGAUCUUCGACCACUUUUUCCUCAGCCCAUUACGUAGGUUCCCUGGCCCCAUUGGCGCCAAAAUUUCCAACCUGUGGUUAUCGCUGCACUUGCGAAAUUGCGAUGCGCACAAAAGACUCUUUGCUUUACACGAGACCUACGGCGAUUUCUUAAGGAUCGGCUCCUCCGACCUGUCCAUUGUUCAUCCUAAAGCCGUUCAAGUAAUCUACGCCCCGCAGUCAAAAUGCACAAAGGCGGACUGGUACGACCUAACUCUGCCCAUGGUAUCAAUACAAACAACGCGUAACAGAGCAUUGCACGGUCAACGACGUCGCAUCUGGAGCCGUGCAUUUGCCGAGAAAUCACUGCGUGGUUACGAGCAGAGUAUUUCCGUCUUCCAGGACCAGUUGAUGCGGAAAGUGCAGGCAGCGGCACAGCAACCCAUCAACGUCACUGAGCUACUUAGUUUGUAUAGCUUCGAUGUUAUGGGUGACCUUGCCUUUGGAGAGUCGUUCGAUAUGCUAAGAAAUGGCGAGAUGCAUUGGGCGGUGAAGCUGGUGGAUGAAGCCAUGGCACCGAUGGGCCUCAUGCUGCCUACGCGGUUGUUGACGACGAUUUCGUUUGCAACAAGAGGGUGGUGGCGCUUUAUUGUAUACUGUUGCCAGAAACUGGAUGAGGUGAUCGAUGAUAAGAAGAUAACGUCGACAAUCCUUACUACAUUACUCGAACCGUACAACGGUUUCACACCUUCCGCUCGUCAAAACCCCGAUUAUAUACCACGUUUAAGAAAAGAACUAGCACCUCACAUAAGUGUCAAUAAUGAUAUACAACACCACCCACUCCAGUACCUGGAGCACUUGAAUGCCGUUAUCAGUGAGACUCUUCGGCUCCAUCCACCUGUGAGUACCGCACUGCAACGCGCAACGCCCCCUGAGGGACUACAUAUCGAAGAUACAUAUAUUCCUGGUUAUACCACCGUCUGGUGUCCGCAAUACGUGAUUGGUAGAAGUGAGGCCGUCUAUGACAAUGCGAGGGGCUUUAUACCCGAGUGCUGGUCUACAUCGCCCAGUUUGGUGAAAGAAAAGGGCGCGUAUGCGCCCUUCUCUGCAGUUACGAUACUACCAUUGACGUUUCCCAACUAUGUAUUGACAACGGUAGGCUCCUAUAGCUGCAUUGGAAAACCUCUGGUGUUGUUGAACAUUCGAUCUACAACUGCGAAAUUAAUCAUGAAGUUUGAUCUAGGGUUCGCCGAGGGCGAGGAUGGAACGGGGUUCGAAAAGAACACAAAAACGCAGUUUACAGCAGCUCCUGGUGAUAUGUAUCUCAAGUUUACUGAGAGGUAA